CUCGUGGAGGUGGAAUUGGAACCCAGGCCCGCACAGCAAGCCCAUUUGCCGGCACCUACCCAGGCUCCCCGCCUACCCAUACUUAUACACGUUAUGACGCCCCACCGAAGCGGAGAAAAAAAAACGUGCUGUCUUCCCGUCUCUUCCCAAUGCGGCGUCUCGCUCUCCUCUUCCUCCUGCCUCUCCUCCUCGCCACCGGCGUCACCACGGCGUCAGCGGAGCCCGCGACCCCUCCCGCCUCUCCUCCUCCUCCUCCUCCUCCUCCUCCUCCUCCUCCUCCUCCACCGCCUCCGCCGACCCUCGCCGAGCUCCUCCCGAAGUACGGCCUGCCCCCGGGCAUCUUCCCCUCGACCGUCACCGCCUUCUCGCUCGCCAGCAACGGCAGCCUCACCGUCGACCUCGCGGGGCCCUGCUACGUACACUUCGAGUAUCUCACCUACUUCGAGCCCCACAUCACGGGGGUGCUCCGCUACGGCUCCCUCUCCGACCUCCAGGGCAUCCAGGUCCGCCGCUUCCUCAUCUGGUUCAACGUCAUCCGCAUCAAGGUCGACCUACCCCCGCCUCCGCGCUACGUCUACCUCGACAUCGGGUGGAUCACGCGCAAGCUCCCUGCUGCGGACUUCCAGUCGCUCCACGCCUGCGAGGACUCCAGGAGGUGCCGCCUCACCUCCGCGCUUGCCGUCGCCGCCAAAUGGUUCCAGGACUUCUUUGCCCAAUUUUAGGGGAUGGGGAAGGCCUACGAUUUGACAACAGCAGUGGAUGAGUUCCCUGCCUUCGAGUCUUCGACGGCCGAAAAGGAAUUGUGUGAACCUUGAACGAGCUGGAACACCGCCAUUGUUACUCUCUCUACACGCGAUGUAGCUAAUCAAGCUGUUAUCUCAUUUCUACAUCUGUCGACGUUUCAUCUUGUGGGUUGUGCAUAAACAUGUUGAGAACAUGUAGCAAAUAUGAUGAAGUUGCUUGUUUCAUCAUUUGGUCGGAAGCUUAAAGCAGUACCGCAGAAAAAUGAAACAAUCUUUUUCAGCAGUAAAUAAAGAUGGGAAAAGGGAAGUUUGCAAUUA